AUGUCACCAACAACGAAAGAAGCUCUUCUCCUCAUCCAAAAAAUGGUGAAAAGCCCGCCACUGAAAGCCUUGUCAAUCUUCAACUCCUCAACCCUCCAAGGCUUCCACCACACCCACCUCUCCAUCUCCUUCAUCCUCCACAAUCUCAUCUCCUCCAAUCUCCAAACGCACGCCCACUCUCUCCUCCUCCACCUCCUCUCCGGCCGAAUCUCCUCCCCGUUCUUCACCCCCUUGUCUCUCCUCCACGAUUUAACUCAACCCAACUCGACCCCACUCCCCACCUCGAGUCUUCUACACGAAGCCAUCAUCAACGCCCAUGUGCAAUCUCACUCCCCAUCUCAAGCCCUUUACUAUUUAAGCAAUAUGGUCCAGCAAGGCAUGGUUCCAACCUCGAACACUUUCAACAACGUAUUGGGUUUUCUUGUUAAGUCUCGAGAUUUUGAGAAGGCGUGGCGGGUGUUCAAUGAGUUUAAGAGUAGAGUCCAGUUGGAUUUGUAUAGCUUUGGGAUAGUUGUAAAGAGCUGCUGCGAGGGUGGUGAAUUGGAUAGGGGUUUUGGGGUUUUGGAUGAGACGGAGGAAAUGGGUUGGUCUCCGAAUGUGGUGAUAUAUACUACGUUGAUUGAUGGGUGUUGCAAGAAUGGUGAUUUGGAGAGGGCGGAGAAGAUGUUUUGUAAAAUGGGGGAGGUUGGUUUGGUGGCGAAUCAGUAUACUUAUACUGUGUUGAUUGAUGGGAUGUUCAAGAAGGGGAGGAGUAAAGAAGGGUUUGAGUUGUAUGAGAAGAUGAAGAUUAAUGGGGUUGUUCCGAAUACGCGUACUUAUAGUUGUUUGAUCAGUGGGUUGUGUAAGGAUGGGAAAAUGAGUAGUGCGUUGGAGCUGUUUGAUGAAAUGCGUGAGAGAGGAAUGGCCUGCAAUGUGGUGACAUACAACAUUAUAAUUGGCGGGUUGUGUCAAGAAAUGAGGGUUUGGGAAGCUGAGAGGUUUGUGAAUGAGAUGAAGAGGGAUGGGAUUAGUCCGAGUGUGGUUACUUUUAAUACUCUGAUUGAUGGGUUUUGUGGUAUCGGGAAGCUGGACAAGGCAAUGAGUUUGUUUGAUCAGUUGAAAUCGAGUGGACAGUCGCCAUCUUUGGUGACUUAUAAUGUGCUGAUUCGAGGGUUUGCCAAAGCUCGAAACUCUACUGGAGUCACUGAUUUGUUGAGAGAGAUGGAGAACAGAGGCAUGGCUCCUUCUAAAGUGACGUAUACAAUUGUAAUUGAUGCUUUGGUUCGGUCCGAUGACAUGGAAAGAGCGUUUCAUGUGUUCUCCUCCAUGGAGAAGUCUGGUCUGAUGCCUGAUGUCUACACCUAUGGGGUCUUGAUACAUGGAUUAUGCAUGAAAGGUAAUAUGAUUGAAGCAUCAAAGCUGUUACAAUCAAUGAGCGAUUCGAAUUUGGAGCCAAAUGAUGUCAUAUUUAAUAUAAUGAUUCAUGGCUACUGCAAAGAAGGUAGCUCUUACAGGGCACUGAGGUUGCUCAAAGAAAUGAGAAAGAAGGGGAUGGUUCCGAAUGUGGCUAGUUACAGUUCGACCAUUGGAGUUAUGAGUAAUGAUGGGAAAUGGGAAGAGGCUGAAAUGCUACUUAAAGGCAUGAUGGAGUCAGAUUUGAAACCAUCAAUUUCUUUGUAUAAUAUAAUCUCUAGGGUGAAAAAUGAUACACCGGUGAAGGUUUCAACCUGAACCUUUGAUCUUGUUCGCGCAGCACAAAUGCAGUGGAGAGAAAGUAUUACUAUUUCCCCUUAAAGCUUGUUGAUGAAUCAAACAGUACUAGCUGGACAUGCUUCAUUUCAUAAACUUGACGAGCCUCCCUGAAAACUUCGCCCACAAGGGUUUUCUGAAUUGGAUGUACAACGGUCAACCAAAGGGACGUAUGUUUUCAGAGACAAUAGCCGAAAAAGAAACACUUGUAGGUUUACUUGAGGAUGGGGUUGCUCAUGGUUCUCAAAGAUAUAUGGGAUAGAUUCGAUACCACGAGCCGGAUUGUGAAGUCACUGAAUCAGAGAUGACCUUCCCAACAUGGCAGUCCUACCUUUC